UAUGACUCCAAAACCUUAACACGUUUUCAUUCUCAUUUUCCUCUUCAAAACCUUAAUUUCACAUUUAAAUUCUCUCUUUUUGAUUAUCAUACCAACAUCAGCUGCAUCCAGAGAGAGACCUGAGUUCUACAACCGGUCUCCUCUGGAAGUCAAAACAAAAAUUCAAGGUUUAGCAGCAUGGAAAAUCACAUAACUCUUGAAAUCAUAGAACAAGCUUCUCCACCAGAAACUCCAUCACUAAUAAAGUAUAUAUCAUCAAAUGAACUUGAAGAUUUUGAUGAAUUUGAUUCUGAAUUUCCCAGCCCAAUUUCCAAAGAAAGUGAAGAAACAUACAAUCAUCAAAGAAAGCCUUCAAUUUCUGUUAGCAUGCCACUUUGUUAUAAAGAAACUCAACUUCAAUCACUAAACAACAACAAUAACAAGAAUGUUUCCUUUAGUGGCGAAAAUGUUAUUAUCAGAGAUGAUUUAGCAUCAGGAAUUGCAAUGUCUGAGCCUCCAAGACAAUCAAAAUUUAAGUCUCAACCAAUGCCAAAAGGAGUUGCUUUCCAACAAGAUGGUUCUCAAACUAGAAAGGCUAAUCGUAAUCAUAAUCAACCUGGAAUAAAGAUGUUUAGAGAUAAGAGAUUUGACUCGUUCAAAACAUGGUCUGGUGGUGGACUCGAGAGACAAUUAUCGAUUCUACGUGGAAAAGAACCGAUUGGAAAUGCACAAGAUGGUAACAACGCUACAAGAAGCUUUGAUAGGGCUUUACCUGUUGAUAGGUAUUUUGAUGCAUUGGAAGGUCCAGAAUUAGAAACUCUUAAGUCAUCAGAAGAGAUAAUGCUACCUCAUGACAAACAAUGGCCGUUUCUUCUCCGGUUCCCCGUUUCAUCAUUCGGUAUAUGCCUCGGAGUUAGCAGCCAAGCAAUUCUUUGGAAAACCCUAGCCACAUCACCUACCACUGAAUUCCUUCACAUAACUCCCAAAAUAAACCUAAUCUUAUGGUACAUCUCCGCGGUACUUAUAGCUACCAUUUUCGCAGUCUAUAUUCUCAAACUCCUUUUCUACUUCGAAGCAGUUCGUCGGGAAUACUACCAUCCGAUCCGUGUUAACUUCUUCUUCGCACCAUGGAUAGCUCUCUUGUUUUUAGCACUUGGUGUGCCUCCAUCCGUUACCAAAAACCUACAUCAAUCUCUAUGGUACAUUCUUAUGGCACCAAUAUUAUUUCUCGAGCUAAAGAUUUAUGGACAAUGGAUGUCCGGUGGACAAAGGCGGCUUUCGAAGGUGGCGAACCCUUCGAAUCAUUUAUCAGUUGUUGGAAACUUUGUUGGAGCGUUACUUGGUGCAUCGAUGGGACUAAUUGAAGGACCUAUUUUCUUCUUUGCUGUUGGACUUGCUCAUUACACUGUGUUAUUUGUGACACUUUAUCAAAGACUUCCAACUAAUGCAACCCUACCUAAAGAGCUACAUCCAGUGUUCUUUCUGUUUGUUGCAGCUCCUAGUGUUGCUUCAAUGGCUUGGGCUAAGAUACAAGGUUCAUUUGAUUAUGGAUCAAGGAUUGCUUAUUUCAUUGCAUUGUUCCUUUAUUUCUCAUUGGCUGUCAGGAUCAAUUUCUUCAGAGGAUUUAAAUUUUCUCUUGCAUGGUGGGCCUAUACUUUUCCAAUGACUGGUGCAGCAAUUGCAACAAUAAGAUACUCAAAUCAAGUACCAAAUAUUGUCACAAAAUCAUUGUGUAUUGCAUUGGCUCUAAUCUCAACAUUCACAGUUAUAGCACUUCUUCUAUCAACAAUAUUGCAUGCAUUUGUCUUCAGAGACCUCUUCCCUAAUGACAUUGCUAUUGCCAUAAGUGAUAGAAAGAGAAAGCCACAUAAACACUGGUUGUUUAGAUAUGGAAGCCAAGACUCCAAAGAGAUUGAAAAUUACUUGAAGUUUGUGAACACUGAUGAAAGUAGUUUGGAUGAUUCUACGCCACAACCGUCCUCAAACGACACUGAUCAUAAUUUGCCAAAAUAAUUCGAUUGCAAGGUUUUAAAUAAGGGUUUGCGAGGAUCUAGGCUGUGACAUCGAUGUUUUUGAUAGUACUUUUGCAUUGGUAUUGGUAAAAUGUCACAAUUUCCGGAUGGUCUAAUAUUAGAAAAAAAAUUGUCAUUUCCUAAAAGCGUUUGUAUUGGUAAUCCAUCGCCUACUCCGGUUCCAAGGCCUACUCCAGUUCCAAAGCCUACUAUGGUUCUAAUGCUAUACAUUCCUCAUGUUGAUUGGAUGCCUUUGUUCAUGUGUCCAUACAUUGAAAAAAAUGUGGAUGUUUUAGGUGAUGGUAAUUGUGGAUUGCGAGUUGUAGCUGUACAUGUUAGUGUGGAUUGCGAGUUUCAAGUUGUAGCUGUACAUGUUAGUGUGGAUUGCGAGUUGUAGCUGUGCAUGUUAGUGUGGGUGAUGAACUCAUUAAAGAGUUAACUAAUCGUGAGAGUGAUUAUAUGCCAGUAUUGGAAGUGAGAAACAUUUUCAAUAUAUCUUGAAUGAUUCGUAUCAUUGAAAAAAUAAUGGAUUUGCACCAAUACAGAAGUGGUACAUUAUUGCAACUUUCAACAAUAAAGUUGUGGUUGAGUUGGCAAAACAUGAAAUCGGUAUUUCUGAAGAAAAAAAAUCCCGGUUAGAGGACAGCCACCACUAAACACAAAUACCUACCUUAUAUGUCUUGGCUUAAUAUGAGAACAUUUUGUUCACGUAUUUUUGAAAGACGGGUGUCGAAUACCUCCAUCAUGCACAAAGUGAAAACUGCACAAGAAAGAGGAAGCAGUGAUAUGAAUAUACUUUUUUGGAUAGACAAUCUUGGUUUUGAGAAAUUAUGGAUAUUGAAAGAGGAGAUCAACCACCCAAGAGAGAAUCAAAUGAAGUGAUUUCCAUUCCUCUUGAUAGUGAAGAUGAUGAACAUAAGAAUUUAAAGAGGAUGAAAAUGAAGAAGCAAUUUCACUAUAUAUGAUAUGACACUUUACUUGUUGAUUAUAAACGAUAAAUUGGUGUACUUCUUGUUAAAUGAUGUUUCCGACAAACAUGUCGUUUCGUGUCA